AUGAUACAAGGUCUUAUAGAUAAAAAAUAUACAAAAUGUCCAUUUACAGCAGAAGAAGAUGCUAAACUUGCUGCAUUGGUUGCCAAUUUCAGCCAAAAAGAUAUCAAUUGGAAUGAGAUUUCGAAUCAAAUGGUGAAUAGAAACCCAAGACAGUGUAAAGACAGAUGGGAAGGAUAUCUUGAUUCAUCUAUAAAUAGAUCGGAAUUCUCAUGUGAAGAAAAUUACUUUAUCCUCAAAAAAGUUGAAGAGAUUGGGAAAAAAUGGAAAAUAAUUUCUUCUUUGAUGAAGCAUAGAACAGAUGUGGCAGUAAAAUCGCAGUAUCGAAAGCUUCUAAGGCAUAAUGUAUCAAUAGAAAACGUUUUCAGAAUUAAUCCAGAAAGUUACAUGAUAAAGAUCAAAACACCAUCAAAAGUUGAAAGGGUUAUCAAGCCUUUAUUAAAAGAAGAUGAUAUUAAUAAGGUUCCAUACGAUUCGAAAUUUUUGAAUGAAUGUUUUGAUCAAUUCUUCGCCAUGGAAAAUGAAAUUCUUGAGCCAUGUGUUAAAUGA